GGACAGCUCCACAGCAACGCCGCAUCACCACGACCUUUUUGUCGGCCAUUAUCUCCACAAUCGCUACUGCAUCUACCUGCUCGUCUCCGACCACUACACACUACACGAAUUCGCUCACCCCACACCGCCACCAUGUCUACGCUCGAAGAUCUCGACGACCUUGAGCGCCACGAGAAGGAAGAGAAGAAGGACGAUGACAAGAAAGACGGAGGCAAGGACGGAAAGAAGGCCGAUGGAGAUGCAGACAUGAAGGAUGCAGAACCAGAGGAGGAGCAGCUCGACGAGGAGAUUCUCAACUCAAGCACACGAGACAUCAUCGCGCGGAGGCGGUUGUUGGACAACGACAUGCGCAUCAUGAAGAGCGAGUAUCAACGGCUUACCCACGAGAAAGCGUCGAUGAACGAGAAGAUCAAGGACAACCUUGAUAAGAUUGAGAACAACAGGCAACUACCGUAUCUCGUCGGUAACGUUGUCGAAAUCCUCGAUCUGGACGUCACAGCAGAGGCGGCAGAGGAAGGUGCAAACAUCGACCUAGACGCCACCCGUGUCGGCAAGUCUGCCGUCAUCAAGACAUCGACGAGACAGACGAUAUUCUUGCCCCUCAUUGGUCUAGUAGACCACGAGAAGCUCAAGCCCGGUGACCUCAUUGGUGUCAAUAAGGAUUCAUAUCUCGUUCUCGACACACUACCCGCAGAGUACGACAGUCGAGUCAAGGCUAUGGAAGUCGACGAGAAGCCAACGGAAAAGUACACCGAUGUCGGAGGUCUGGACAAGCAGAUUGAGGAGCUUGUUGAGGCUGUCGUGUGGCCUAUGAAGGAGGCUGAACGGUUCAAGAAGAUCGGCAUCAAGGCGCCCAAGGGUGCGCUAAUGUACGGCCCCCCCGGUACCGGAAAGACUCUUCUGGCACGAGCCUGCGCUGCACAAACCGACGCGACUUUCCUCAAGCUUGCCGGUCCACAACUCGUACAGAUGUUUAUAGGUGAUGGUGCGAAGCUAGUCCGAGAUUGCUUUGCCCUGGCAAAAGAAAAGGCUCCGUCAAUCAUCUUCAUCGAUGAGUUGGAUGCCGUCGGUACAAAGCGAUUCGAUUCCGAAAAGUCUGGAGACAGGGAAGUUCAGCGAACUAUGUUGGAGCUCCUUAACCAGCUAGACGGUUUCGCAUCAGAUGACCGCGUCAAGGUUCUCGCUGCGACGAACCGAGUCGAUGUCUUGGAUCCUGCUUUGCUCCGUUCUGGACGUCUGGACAGGAAGAUUGAGUUUCCGCUACCAAAUGAAGAAGCCCGCGCUCAAAUCAUGCGUAUUCACUCCAGGAAAAUGACUGUUGACGAUGCUGUCAACUGGCAAGAGCUGGCACGUAGCACUGACGAGUUUGGUGGCGCGCAGCUGAAGGCUGUGUGCGUUGAGGCUGGUAUGAUUGCUCUACGAACAGGUCAUCAAAAGAUUAGCCAUGAGCACUACGUUGAUGCCAUUGCGGAGGUACAAGCAAAGAAGAAGGACACGGUCAACUUCUAUGCCUAAGGGUUAGUUGGGUGGGUGGCUUGGCUGCUUGCAUGCGUGCGCUUCAUGCCGGGCUUGUAAUAAUACUUCCACUUCAGCAUAGUACUAUAGAGGAAUGACGAUUAUGAACAACAAGGAGGAAAGCCACCAACGAUGUAUUUCAUGUAUUGAGAGACAUAAAGACUGCUUCAAGUUCAGAUGCAGUCAUACUUUGCUUACCGGUACUUUACGAGCGUUGCAAAUUCAAGUCUGCUGUUCAACGCUAACUGUGUGGCGGUUACCACGUGUCUGACUGUUGCACGAUACAUAGUAUUUAUUGUUUGACAUCACAGAGCAGACAAAGAUGUACUCCCUGGUAACUUAUAUUAUGCGCUCAAAAUAUAGUAGCGACUCUGGUACCAUGUUACAGUCGACCCGAGGCACCCCAAACUACCGCACCCAAAAGACUUCAAAAGAUUAUAUCGACGCAGCAAAUUCGCGACCGAGG